ACAGCGUCGGUCGCCCCGUAGCGGUCAAAUGAAGCAAUUUAGUUCUCAAAGUUUGUACAAUUAUGGAGCGGACGACGACGCAGAAAUGCUUGUAGAGGACAUGCAAUAUGCAGUGAGUAAAACUAAAGGCAAAAUUGGAACCUUACGUCAGGCAUUAUCAGAAAAGAACCAAGUCAUCAGAAGAGAGAGAGCUCUGCGGAGGGCAGCAGAACGCCGUGAACUUGAUAAAUCCACAGACGGUUCAUUUGUUGACAUCUAUGCUGGGUCCAGUCCAUCUGUAAAUGAAGAGUUAAAAGAUUGGUUAUCUCCUUCUAAGCAACGAGAUCGUUUACUCAGAGGUGGUAAACCUCAUCCAAAAGAAAAAGAGCUGCAGAAAUUGAAGGAGGCCCUAGAACAAUCUCCAAAGGCAGGCAGGGGUGUUGACCAGCCAGACGGUGUAGGAGAGACAGAUAGUCUACUGAGCUCGGAGGAGGAAGGUAUGAGGUCAGAGGAGGGCGAAGAGGUUCAGGGGAGACAAGAGAGAAGACCCAAGAAGCCAAGGAAGACUAGAGCUCGUGAUGAUUACAGCCUUGGCACCCAUCCCAACUGGAACCCUAACUUCACCAUGCCACCAGCAGGCGGUCCUUGGUACCCACCAGGAGUAAUGUACCCAUCCCCAGUCAACCCAUGGGUUAGUCCGCACCGUGUGCACCCAGAUCCUCAGGGUCCAUGGCUCAGUAUGGGGCCAAGCUAUGGACAGUAUGCCCACAGCGAGCCUAAUCUCUCAGCAGGUCCACCUCCUGUCAGGAGACACAGUGAUGUGGGGCAGGCAUUCUCAAAUGUAGCACAGAGUCCAGAAGAGAAAAACUUGUCAACAGAAAGAACAGUUGCUUCACAAGCAUCCCCCUCUAGUGCAGUGGAACAGCUUGUAGCACAGAGUACCAGCACACCUGUUCGUAUUGUAGUUGAGAGGGGCACCAAUGCUAGGACUGACUUUGAAGAAGGGGUGCCGAUACUGUUAUCAGAGCUUGGCUCAACUAGAGAUGUCAACAAAGAAUUGCAGGAGCGCUUGCUAGAUACAGAGCAAGAGAUUGACUCAUUGAGGCUGACUCAGAGUCUAACUGAAGCAACUCUUGAAGCAAGGAUUGCAGCCAGAGCAGCAGCUGUAGUAGAGGAGAUCUACGCUGCGCAAAAGGAUCGUGAUGAAGCCAUCAUGGCUAGGCUGCGAUUGGCUAAUGAAGAGCGUGACGAGUCGAUGACCAGGCUGCGCAGGAUGGAGAACAAAGAUGAUUUUGAUUCUGGUACAGAUGUAGAUGAUGAGUUCGGUACUUCAGAAAUGAGCAUGAAUGAUCUUCUUGCGAGGCUGAGCAUGGCAGAUACUGGUCCGGAGAUCUCUAAGUAUGGUCAAUCUAUCUUGGGUCAGAUCAGUAAAGUCAAGUCCAGCAAGGGUCGUAUCGUAGCUGAGGAAAUGAGGGCUAUCAUACAGGAGAGAGAUGCUGCUCAGGCUAAGUGUAAAAAGCUAGAAAGGGAGAUCAUUGAGUUAAGACGGACAACCGGGGGCCUGGCUGCACGGAACAAUAACGAACAAAGCCUACGGAGCCAGUUAGAAGCAACUAGGCAGGAGAGGGACAUUGCUGUCUCUAAGGUUCGGAAAUUACAAGAGGACUUGGAUGAAGUGAAAGUAUUCUACAGUCUCCACAAGUCCUUGUCCCAAGAAGCUGAUCUUCGUGAUCAGUUUAACAACACCAUUGGGAGCUUUGAGGAAGAGGCCCAGGUACGCUCUCAUGCCCUGGGUCAGAUGCAGAAGACCAAUAGCCAGCUAAAUGCUCAGCUCAAACAGCAGCAGAAUGAGCGCAAUGCCAUGGCAGCGCAACUGCAACAGGCUCUAAUCGCUCAGCAGAACAGCCAAACCAAAUUGAAAGAGCAAGACAGAUUGAUAUCCGUCUUGAGAAAGAAGGUUGCCGAGGGGACUGUGAAAAUAGUGAACUGAUAGGCUCACUCCCCACCCAAACCACUAUCUACUGUUUGUGUUGGCUUAACAAGCUGGCCAAAUACAAACUAAUGAGGAAAACAAAGUAAUUCAUAGUGCCUUUUGGUUUUGGGGUUUUGUUUUUCGUGUCCUGUUUUACUGGAGGUCUUCACUUUACUGUGUGCAUUCCAACGUAGAGAGACUAUCCUUGUCUUUACAACCAUUUCGUUUGUACAAAUCAGAAUCUCACUUGGGGGGAUACCAUCCAUGUUUGCAAACAUUUAUUCAGAAAAUUGUAUCUACUAUGGAUUGGCAAAUGAAAACAAACAACACUUGGAAGUUGUGUUUGUAAAAACAAAAGCUUGUGAAGAAGGAAAGAAAUAGAAUAUGAUGUUGUGGAGACUGUUUUUGUCUGGUUCCCAUGCAAGGUGUCAACAUGUUUGCUGUAGUGCUCUGUUUGCCAAAUAGAGGUUGGCUUGGUUGUGAGUAGGCAUGUUGGCUUGGAUACAUAUGAACUCAAUCCAAUGUUUGAGCAAAGACAAUUGCAUCACUUGAUGGAAUGUCAGUUUGACCUGGUUAACGAAGCCAGACAAGUGGAGGCUAGUAGGGGAUCUGCUUGAAACCAAAGUGGACCGGUUUGUAAUUAAAAUGAAAACAAUUCUGCGAGAAUUCAGCAUAGCCUUUAUUUGAAAAUGGUCAUUGAUGGCUGAAGGCUCAGCUAUAUGCAUGGAAACCGUUUCGGUGUUGAGGUAUUCAUUUGUAUUCACUUGUAUUCUACACUGUAUUCUACAUGGUUGUGUGGACAGUAAGUGCAACUUAACAACAAGAAUUUGGAGCUUUUUAUCGUAGUGAGAAAACCCGAAGGAGGUCCCAGCAAAACAGUUUAAAUAUCUCUCUAGGUAACUGCAAGGGGUCUGACUAAUAAAUAAAAACAAUAUGUGAAUAUAAGGCAUGUUUUCCCUUCAGACCUUUGAAUUGUAUUCAAAAGUGACAAAUUCAGCUCUUUUGUAUUUUGAGAAGAUGAGAGUUUUUCCUUUUAAGGCUUAUUAAUAAUAAUAAUAAAAAUAAUAAUAACUGUAUUUAUAACGCGCCUUU